AUGGCGGGUUGUUCUCGAGAGUUUCGCUGGUCAUCCUUACUCCUCAACCACGAGGACCCUCGGGCGUUCUACAGGUCCCCGUGGUUGGUGAACCAGAGGAUUUUCCUGGCCUACCGUGUGACGUUAGCUGUGGUGUUGGUGGCCAUCUUGGUGUGGGACUUCCUAGACGGACCUUACAACAAGUGGCACAUCUACUACACCAACUGGGGCUUCACUCUUCUUACCUGCCACGCCGUGUGGGCCGCUAUCGUCUGCGUGAUUGGCUACAGAAACGAGCGAAGCACGAACGAUUCCGAGUCGGACCGAUCGUCCUCGAGCGACGACGACGACGACCCGCUGAAAUGGUACCAUAAAGUAGAAUGGGUUCUUUUCAACAUCGCUAUCCCGCUCGCUUUCUAUCUGACAACGGCCUACUGCGGUUUCCUUUCCUCCGGCACUUUUAAAGUCAUCAGCGUUUUCGAACAUAUCAUGAACACCGUCCUCGCUACGUUAGACCUGUUUAUCUGUGGUAUUCCCGUGAGGUUGCUUCAUAUCGUACACGUCUUCAUGUUCGGCUGGAUCUACGCGGGGUUCACCAUCGUGUACUGGGCGGCAGGCGGGACCAACGCCGAGGGGGAACCGUACGUCUACUGGUUCGUGGACUACUCCUCGCACCCCGGCCGGGCGGCGUGCUUCAUCGCCGGCAGCGCGCUCGUCGGCACCUCGGCUAUCUACCUCUUCGUGUACGGACUGUACAGGCUUCGGGUUGCCAUGGUAACGUGCGUGACGGGCGUCAAGGCCAGGAAGGUCGCUGCGGUGCGGAGUAUUUCCACCGACUCCACAAAACCCUGUAUCACUUUGGAAGCCUGA